GAACGCGCACGCACGCACUUCAAAUGCAACAUCCGAUUGGCCUGAAGCAGAGCGACCAUGACGUGUUGAUGACAAACCCUGGAAUUUUCAGAUUGAAUUAUGAAAAUCUCAGACAGCAGACGGUCAGUUUUAAUCAAUUGACAUUUGAACUCAAAGUCAUUAAAGAUCCCAGCAAUUCUGAAUGGCUGGCGCGGGUAUUGCCACCGCGGUGCUGGUUAGUGCACUGCUAUCUGGUGUUGUUUACCAUGUCACUCAGCAGCACAGUGGAACAAAAGUUUCGACCAGCACUGGGAAGAGGCCCAACUUCAUUGUGAUCCUAGCAGACGACAUAGGCUGGGGAGACCUGGGGGCGAACCAGGCCAGAGAGAAGCCCAGUGACACGCCACAUCUGGACCAGCUAGCUCUCGAGGGGAAAAGGUUAACUGAUUUCCACUCCCCUGCGUCCACCUGCUCACCGUCCAGGGCGGCCUUGCUAACGGGUCGGUAUGGCCUGCGUAACGGCGUCACCCAUAACUUUGCUGUGGGGUCCGUUGGUGGGCUGCCUCUCAACGAGACCACAUUCCCAGCCCUUCUGCAGGAGGCUGGCUAUUACACAGCCAUGAUUGGAAAAUGGCAUCUUGGGCACAACGGUCCUUAUCAUCCUAUUAAUAGAGGAUUUGAUUAUUACCUUGGAAUUCCUUACAGCAAUGACAUGGGCUGUACUGACAGGCCUGGCUUCGACCUCCCCAGCUGUCCUCCAUGUGAACGAGGCUCUCAACAGAACAGUGAGAGACACCAGGGAUGUUACACCGAUGUGGCACUGCCUCUUUAUGAGAACCAGAGUAUCAUAGAGCAGCCACUGGACCUGUGGAAUCUGGCUGAAAAGUAUGCCUCUGCCGCAGUCGGGAUUCUCCACAGGGCAAGGGAGAGGAAGCAGCCAUUCCUGUUGUAUGUGGCACUCGCUCACAUGCACGUGCCACUGGCUCCUCAGGGGGUGGCGGAGGGUGAGGGGGUGACGGAGGGUGAGGGGGUGUACGCAGCCACCCUCAGGGAGAUGGACAGACUGGUCGGGGCGAUAAAGGCCACAUCAGACCUCCUCGACAAGGAAAACAAUCUCAUACUGUUUACUGGAGAUAACGGUCCAUGGGAGCAGAAGUGUCAGUUUGCUGGUAGUGUUGGGCCUUUUCUGGGGCAGUGGCAGACAAGCAGAGCUGGAGGCUCAGCCAAAAGAACAACAUGGGAGGGGGGCCAUCGUGUGCCCACGGUGGCCUACUGGCCUGGGAGGAUUCCUGUCAACACCAGCAGUGGUGCUCUACUAAGUGGCCUGGACAUCUUCCCCACCAUCCUCUCACUCGCUGGUGUAGAUCUGCCCAGAGACAGAAGAGUCGAUGGCAUCGAUAUGACAGACAUUCUGCUUGGAAAGACAGACACAGGUCGAAAGAGUCUCCUUCAUCCAAACAGUGGCGCUGCAGGCAUAUUUGGAGACCUGCAGACAGUCCGUGUGGGCCCUCACAAAGCCUUCUACCUGACAGGUGCUGCUGAAGCUUGUGGUGGAGGAGGUGGCCAGCCGGAGCUUCACGACCCGCCGCUCAUCUUCGACCUGUCCCGUGACCAGGAGGAGCGGUCUCCUCUGGAUCCAGAGAGCGAGGAGUACCAGGCAGCCCUGCAGAAUGUACAGAGGGAGAGGGAGGCGCUACUGUGGGAUAUCGCCACCGAUAACGUCUCCACUGCCAACUACGCCACAGAGCGGGCAGCAGCCCCCUGCUGCAACCGCUUGCUACCAGCCUGCCGGUGCCAGCCGCUCAGCUGACGGGCUAAACAGGCUGGACUGUCCAAACGCAUACGCAAACAGGCAGACAUGCUCUGGCAUUUGUCUCAUAAACAGUGCCUGUGCCAGACCAUGAAGUGCUCAAUGCUGAUACGAAUAGGUGUAUUUAUAGGUGAAGUAACGAAUAGGUGUAUUUAUAGGUGAAGUACAUUGGCAGAAGAAUUUCAAACGCCAGACUGAGCACUGAGGGAGGAAGUUGUUUCAUUUUUUUAUUCUUUAUUUACAGUGAAAUCAUACAGAGCCCCAUACGGGUAAUGGUGGUGCUUUUGUGUUUCCACACUACAUUUUGCGUUACCUCACAUUGUUUUUCCAUUCCCCGGCAUUACCUGAAGAACACAAAAGUAUUGUGCAAAAUAGUUAAUUUAAAAAAAAUAAUCACCAUGACCCUUCGGGCUCUGUACAAAAGUACUGCGAGGGAACACAAAAGCAGCUUAGGAAAAAAAUCUCUACCAUGACCCUUUGGGGGCUCCCUAGUUUCUAUCCUGUUCAUUUCUGUUAGUAUUCUUAAUCCUUAAUCCUUAGUCCUUAAUACUUGUGUAAAUAUUGUCAACAUUAAAGAAACAAAAACAUAAAAAAUAAAAACAUAUCUAUUUUGAUGGG